AUGAGUUGAAACAUUUUUCCUUGAGCAGGAGUUGUUGCUAGCCACCGUUUUUAUCUUUUGUAUUGCUACAUCUAAUAUUGGCUUUGGAGAUGCCUCGAAGCUCUUCAAUGUGUUGAGUUUUGGUGCCGUUGGAGAUGGAAAAACUGAUGAUUCCCCAGUAAACACUCUAAUCCUAAUCUUUCUCUUUCUCUCAAAAAAAAAAAAAAAAAACUAUCUUUUUUAAUAAAUGAAGAAGAGAACUUUCAUUAACUAUGACUGCGUGCAUGGAAAAGGCUUUUACAAAAGCAUGGGGAGCUCUGUGUGGAGCGAGUGGAGGCACACCAACACUUGUAAUACCACCUGGCCGUGCAUUUUCAUUGAAACCUGUAAAAUUUGAAGGUCCUUGCAAGUCCAACAGUGUUCACAUUCAGGUAGCAGGGAACAUUGUAGCUCCGAGCACCGUUGCCGGAUGGGGUGGCUGUGGAAUUCUGUUCUGGCUAUGUUUCUCUAACGUAAACGGCCUGGUCCUGGAUGGAUCAGGCCAUAUUGAUGGUCGGGGCUCACAGUGGUGGAAUCAUGUAAUGUAUCCUUUUCCAGUUUUAUGUAUGUAUUAUACUAUCUUAAUCUCAAAUUUUAAGGUCUUCAUCGAAUUACAAUUAAUGUUGCAGGCUCUGCUCUUCAACAACAACAAUAACCUUAAAUUAAGUGGACUUAAUGUUGUCAACAGUCCGAGGAGCCACGUCAACUUGAACGAUUGCAAGGGUGUCUCUAUCUCCGGCCUUAAAAUCACUGCACCUGGAAACAGUCCUAACACUGAUGGGAUCGACGUGUCUUCUUCAAGCCAUGUCAGCAUAGUAGACUCUACCAUAGGAACAGGUGAUGAUUGUAUUGCUAUAAAGGGGGGCUGCUCCAACAUCAAUAUUACUGGCAUCAACUGCGGACCAGGUCAUGGAAUUAGCAUAGGAAGUCUAGGAGAGAAUGGAGCUACUGAACAAGUGGAGGAAGUCCAUGUGCGAAAUUGUAACUUCACCGGAACUGAGAAUGGAGCAAGAAUCAAGACAGUCCCGGGGGGAUCAGGGUAUGUUAGGAGGAUCACAUUCGAGCAAAUAACGCUUAAUGCAGCUGGAAGCCCUAUUAUAAUUGACCAGCACUACUGCGAUGGGAAGAAAGAGGGCUGCCCCGACCAGCCAAAGGCAGUAGCGGUGAGCGACGUGACAUUCACCGGUGUCCGAGGAACAUCUUCUGAUGAGCAAGUAAUCACGUUGGAUUGUGCAGCAAUAGGUUGCAAUAACAUUAGAAUGGUUCAAGUCGCUAUCACAUCAUCAGUUGCUGGGAAGCGAAGAACAGCAUUUUGCAGCAAUGCUCAUGGAACAUCCGUCUCCACAGCACCCGCGGUUCCAUGCCUCUCAGGGAGAGCAUUUGCUAGGAAGUUCUUGACACAUUGAUAUACAAUUGAUUGUUAUUUGACGUUUAGCUAAUGUGGCUACU